UAGUCUCGCCCACGCCAAUUUUGAACCGGGGAUAUAAACCAAAAACAAAUUAUGUUGAUUUCACUGUAGAAAAAGUUACUUUAGCUCCAGAUGGAUUUACUCGUCAAUUAUCAACCGUUAAUGGACAAUAUCCUGGACCAACCAUAGAAGCUAACAAAGGAGAUCGUAUUGUGAUGAAAAUUCGUAAUAAAUUGGGAGAACCAACAGCUAUGCAUGCGCAUGGGAUGCUUCAAAGAGGGACUCCUUGGUUCGAUGGAGUACCAUGGAUGACGAUUACGAAUUCACCUACAAUUUCACUGUUCCCAAAGAAGUCGGCACUCAUUGGUAUCAUGCGCAUGAAACGAUGCAAUAUGUUGAUGGCAUUUUUGGCGCUUAUUCACGAUCCUGAUGAUCCGUAUAAAUCGGAAUAUGACGAGGAAAUUAUUGUCAUGUUGAAUGAUUAUCAUCACACCAAUGCACAAAUUUUAUUAAAACAAUUCUUAACUCCUGAAAGUAAAGGAGUGGAGUACAAAAGGUAUGACCGCGUGAUGCUAAUUAGAACGAUUCCUACACCUACAGUUCCCGAUAACGGUUUGAUCAAUGGAAAAAAUAAUUUCGAUUGCUCCAAGGCCCCACCGGGUUCUAAAUGUGUGGACAAUGCCGGUCUUGCUAAAUUUGAAUUUGUUCAAAAUAAAAAAUAUCGCCUUCGUAUCAUUAAUACUAGCGCAUUUUCGGCAUUCUUCUUUUCUAUUGAUAAACAUGAAAUGGAAGUUAUAGAAGCCGACGGUUUCUAUACUAAACGAAAUAAAAUCCAUCGUCUUCCCAUCAAUGUCGCUCAAAGAUAUUCUGUUAUUGUUACUGCAAACCAACCUGCCGAUAAUUAUAUAAUGCGUUCUGAAUUUCAAAAGAAAUGCAUGCCAGAUGCUGCAGCUAGUCUUCCUAUUGUGAAAGCUAUAGUACAUUAUGAAGGAGCCCCCGAUGAACCUGAACCAAAAGAUAAUCCAUGGUCAGAUUCCUUGACAGAAUGCGUUGAUCUAGAUCACAAGACUUUACAACCACUUAAAGAAGAAAAGAUUCCCGAAUCAACGAAAAAAUUGGAAUUCAAAAUUGAUUUUCAUAAGAAUGCAACAGGAGUUGUUAGAGCUUUCCUUAAUGAAUCUUCUUAUAUACCCGAUAUAAAUUUUCCGACUUUAGAUAAAAUCUUUAAAAAGGUAUCAUUUAACGAACCUAGUGCAAAUGCCUAUGUUUUUGAUAAAGCUGACGAAGUAGUUGAUAUUUAUUUCAUCAAUACUGACGAUGGCGAACAUCCGUUUCACAUUCAUGGAUACCAAUUUUGGGUACUUGGAACCGGAAAUGGAACUAAAGUUGACGAAGAUGAAUUGAAUACACAAAAUCCAAUCAAGCGUGAUACUGCAACAAUACCUGCCAAAGGAUGGAUUGCUAUCAGAUUUUGGCAUUUGGAAUCUGGUCUUUUGAUGCAGUUGAUCACACUUCCAGAUGAAAUCUUAAAAAUGAAACCUCCGAAAGCAUGGACCAAAUUAUGUGAAUUAGCUAUCAUCAAAGGAUCUCCAAAUUUAAGACACUUAGAAAUCGGUAGUAAUGAUAUUGGUGAUGAGGUCAUUGAAGCGCUGGCAUGCCAUAAAUUAGAAUGGCUUGAUGUCGGGGGGUUAGAUCAGCUCAAUCAAAAUAUUCAUAUCGAAAAUUUUGGUGAAGAUUACUACUGUUCUUAUUCAGGAUCAUCUGGCUCCGAAACCGAAUCAGAGUCUAAAUCAUCUAGUUCCGAAUCAGAGGAUGAAGAUGAUUAUAGUAAUAAUGUACCUCCUCCAACGAUUAUGAGCGCUGAUACUCCCAUUAAUUAA